AUGGAUCCGAUGAUCGCGUUGGCUUUUCUUGUCGACAUUUGGCUCAGCAUCGGCAACGUCGGCGUUUCGGUCCUUCGCGCUUCGCAGAACGGCGACCUCGCCGUCAACAUGCUCAACAUCCUCUACUUGUCUCGGACGGUUUGGUUUGGGUACUUUGCACUUUGCCUCACGGCGUUCUAUCUGCGGCGCUAUGCCAAGCAACACCUGUUUGCCGACAUUGACACGACCAUGGUCGCGAUCAGCGUCACUCUCUACGGUCCGCUCGUCUCGUGGCUCAGUGGAAACGUUGCUGUGCUGGCGACGGCCUAUCAAUGGUGCUUUACAGCCCCAGUUCCACCCGAAAAGAUCAGUCAGCAAAAUGAACUCGUGCUCGGCUGUGUGGUCUACACGCUCAGCAUUGCCUGCAUGCCCGUCACCUAUGGCUUUACUGCGGCCUUCGUGCGAAAGCGUUUACUACCCAGCCUCGGCACGCGUGAUUAUAGCAGCUAUCUCUACAACACGAUCAAGAACCGCGCGCUCUUGAGCUUGGUGCGUCCGUUUCGCACUGCAACGCCGAGUCGCGGAGGCGCCAUUUACGCCCUCUUCCAUCUCAAUCCCCACUGCAAAAACAGCCCGACGCUCAGUCUCUCGGGCGCCGACUGCUACCUCCUCUGCUACGAAAACGAAGAGACGCUCGAAUCCGAAAUCGUCCGUCUCCGAGGCUCGCACCAUGUCGCCCUACGUCUUCAACGUCGUUGA